AUGACGGAGGCGUGGCAGCAGCAGGCGGCGCCCACGGUGGUGCACACUCUGCCGCAGGGCGCCGAGAGCGCUCUGGGCUGCACGGUGUACGGCGUGGUGCUGCAGCCGGACAGCGGCGCCCUGCAGCAGGUGCCGCAGGUGCAGCAGCCGCAGAUGCAGGUCACCAAGUGUAAUGCGUGUGGGCAGGACAUCUCGCACAUGGCCAACCCGCUGGAGCACCAGUGCAUGGUGACGCAGGACCGCUCCUUCCAGUGCACGCAGUGUUUGAAGAUCUUCAGCCAGGCCACGGAUCUGCUGGAGCACCAGUGCGUCCAGGUCGGCAUGGUGGAGCAGAAGCCCUUUGUGUGUGGUGUAUGUAAGAUGGGUUUCUCGUUGCUAACGUCGUUAGCGCAGCACCAUAACUCUCACGGUAACGGCAACAACCCGAUGAAGUGCUCUAUCUGUGAGAAGACGUACCGACCCGGCUCCGGGAACGUGACGCCCACCUCCUCCGCCGCCAACCCGCAGCAGCCCAGCGGCGAGGCCUCAGGGGGUGUGGCCUCCAUCGACGACGAGUCUCCGCCCGCCUUCGAGGCCAACUCCCCCGACCGGCCGUACAAGUGCUCGGUGUGCCACAAAGGCUUCCGCCACCUGUCGGAGCUGACGCGGCACGAGCGCGUGCACACGGGCGAGAAGCCGUACAAGUGCGACCAGUGCGACAAGAGCUUCAGCCAAUCCUCGCACCUGGCACACCAUCAACGCACACACAGCUCCGAGCGCCCGUACAAGUGCACCGUGUGCGAGAAGAGCUUCAAGCACCGCUCCCACCUGGUGCGCCACAUGUACGCGCACACCGAGAGCGAGCACCUGUUCAAGUGCAACCUGUGCGAGAUGCACUUUAAGGAGUCGUCGGAGCUGCUGCACCAUCAGUGCCACCCCGAGGGAGAGCGCCCCUUCAGCUGCGACUCCUGCGGCAAGAGCUUCAAGCGUCCGUCCGACCUGCGGCAGCAUGAGCGCACGCACUCGGAGGAGCGGCCGUUCCAAUGCGACGAGUGUCAGAUGAGCUUCAAGCAGCAGUACGCGCUGGUGCGCCACCGCCGCACGCACAAGAACCCUGCCGACCGCCCCUUUAAGUGCAACCUGUGCGACAAGGGCUUCCUGCAGCCGUCGCAUCUGCUGUACCACCAGCAGGUGCACGGCAUGGAGAGCCUGUUCAAGUGCGCGUCCUGCCAGAAGUCCUUCAGCCAGAGCGGCGAGCUGCUGCGCCACAAGUGCGGCGGCGAGGUGGAGAAGCCGUACAAGUGCGACGUGUGCGGCAAAGGCUACAAGAAGAACUCCACGCUGCAGCGCCACCAGAACUCGCACUGCACCGAGAAGCCGCUCAAGUGCUCUCUGUGCGACAAGCGCUUCGUCUCGUCCUCAGAGUUCGUGCAGCACCGCUGCGACCCCACGCGCGAGAAGCCGCUCAAGUGUCCCGACUGCGAGAAGCGCUUCCGCUACUCGUCCGAGCUGCAGCGCCACCGCCGCGUGCACACGGGCGAGAAGCCCUUCAAAUGCGCCAGCUGCGACAAGAGCUUCAAGCAGCGCGAGCACCUGGCCAAGCACCAGAGCGUGCACUCGCGAGAGACGCAGUUCAAGUGCGUCUGGUGCGGAGAGAGGUUUGUGGAUAUGGCGGCGCUGCAGGAACACACGGCACAGCACACCGGGGACGCCGACAACUUCACCGGCGAGGAGCAGUGCAUCUCCUAA